GAGCCAGCGCCAGCCCAGGGCUGGGCUCCGGGCUUAGCCCCCUGCCCCUCGGCAGCCGCCGCGCCGGGGAGGGAGGCGCGGCCGAUGGAGCCGCAGGGCGAGGUGCGCCCGAGCCGUCCCCAGCGGGGGACUCCUCCCAGCCCAGCUCCCGUGCGCUCGGGCCGGAGGGAGCGGCCCUGCCGGGCUAUCCGGGCAGCCGGCGGCUCCGCAGUGCUGGGCGCGCAGGCCCGGGGCUGGCGCUGCCCGCUGCGGAGGCGAGGGGACAGGCUGAGCCGGGGAAGGAGCGACUCUCCCCAGCGCUGGCUCCCGGCCGCGGGGCGCAUGGGGCGCUAGCAGGGAGACCGAGCCCCCCGCCUCCCCGCAGAGCAUGGCCCUGGCGAGCCCCGCGCCGGAGCGCACCCGGAUCUCGGCGGGGGAAAUGGAGCGCUACUACUGCCUGCUGCAAGCCGCCGCCCGCGCCCACUCCCUCGCCGCCGAAACCACAAUUCCAAUUUGUGCAAAAGAUAUCGGUGACGAUUUGAGAAAAGAGUUGGCUUUUCUUUCUGGUGGCCGAGGGAAAGAUAAUGGUUGGAUCAUCACAUUUCCUGAAAACUCCCAUUUCAAUGAAGCAUCGGAGGAGGUCCUGAGGAAAAUCUUAACUUACUUAACUGCGGUCCCAAGUCAACAUGAAUCUGACACACAGUUUAUCCUGAUCCUGGACCGAAGAUUGGAUACAUGGACGUCUGUCAAAAUGACUCUCCAAAGAAUAGCAGCCUCCUUCCCUGGGAACCUGCAGUUGGUGAUGGUUCUGCGUCCCACUGGGUUUUUCCAGCGCACUUUCACCGACAUCGGAUUUCGCUUUAGUCAGGAAGAUUUUCUACUCAAAUUACCAGUUGUUAUGCUGAGCUCAGUCAGUGAUUUGUUGUUGUAUAUUGAUGAGAAGCAGCUAACUCCGGAGUUCGGGGGCACCUUGGAGUACCGUCAUAGCGAAUGGGUUAUCUUCAGAACUGCUAUAGAGAGUUUUGCGCUAACAGUGAAGGAAAUUGCGCAGAUGUUACAGGCUUUCGGCACAGAACUGGCAGAAACAGAACUACCGGAUGACAUGUAUUCAAUUGAGCGCAUCCUGGCUUUGCGCACAGAAAAGUAUUGUCAGCUCAAGGGAGAUAUUACAAUUGUAACAAAAGAAGGAAAUGAGCUGUUAAGUAGUUUAGAAGAGCCUGAUGCUGACGAACAUAGACAGAAACAACACCGCGACAGACCUGGAGACUGGGACACUGUGAAUCGGUUACUUGCUCAGUUGCAUGAGAUGGAAACCGCUUUUGAUGGCUUCUGGGAAAAACACCAGCUAAAAAUGGAGCAGUAUUUGCAACUAUGGAAGUUUGAGCAAAGUUUUCAAGAGCUCCAGAGAACCAUGGAAUUUUUAAUGGGUCAGCAAGCCGAAGUGCCGGAUACUGGAAACAGCGUGUCUGAAGUCAAACAGAGACUCCAAGACUUGGGUAAUUUAGAUGGAAUGGCUCAGGACCUGACAGGGAAAGCGCAGGUGGUGAUACUACACGGGCACCAGCUGGCCGCUAAUCAUCAUUACGCGCUCAGCUUAAUCUGCCAGCAAUGCAAUGAGCUGCGGCACCACUCGGAUGUGCUCUCGGAGGAGAUCAAGAGGAAGCGCGCGCACCUGCAGAUGACCUUAGAGCUGCUCACCCGCUUGCAGCAGGCCCUCGAGUGCUGUGAUGAAGGGGCGUAUGUCUUAGCUAAUCAGCCAAUGGAUAAAUGCCAAUCUAAAGAAGGUGCUCAGAAAGCACUUCAGGAAAUAGAUACAUUUCUUGAAAGUUCUUCGCCGUACUUAAACUAUGACCCCCAAGUCUUGUGCUAUGACUUUGAAUCCGUUUUAACACCUGAAAUCAAGGCUCAGAUACAGUCAAUCCAGAUCAAGCUUGAAAACGUUCGCAGUAUGUUUGAGAAUCGGCAAAGUUGCUUCAGAAAGCUUGUGGAUAAACAAGCGCGGCCUGUCCAGUUAGUAGCCCCUCGACCAGAAACCCCACCAAGAUCAAAAUCUCCAUUAUUCUCUCCCAAACACGGCAUGGAUUUUAAUUCCAGUCUGAAGUUUUCAUUUGAUAUCUCUCUCCCUGGGAAGAAAACAUCAAGAAAAUCUCAAAAUGCUCGUAAGAUUGAAGUGAUGCAUGACUAUCAAGAAAAAAGGAAUUCCCUGCAGUCUUUUAUUUCAGAAAGUGAAGACAACUUAGAUAUACUAAAAGGCCACGUCAUAAAUGAGCUAAUAGAAACAGAGAGAGUGUAUGUAGAGGAGCUGUUUACUGUUUUGAUGGGUUACAGGGCUGAAAUGGAUAAUCCAGCUAUGGUCAUCCUCAUGCCGCCUGCCCUGAGAAACAGAAAGGAUGUUCUCUUUGGCAAUAUGCCCGAGAUAUACGACUUCCAUAACAAAAUUUUCCUGCACAACCUGGAAAGCUGCCUUGGAGCACCAGAGCGAGUGGGGCUUUGUUUCCUGGAAAGGCGAGAAGAUUUUCAGAUGUAUGAGAAAUAUUGUCAGAACAAGCCCCGGUCAGAAUCUCUGUGGAGGCAGUGUUCAGAGAGCACUUUUUUUCAGCUUGUUUACUUUAUAAGAAAAAUAGAAAACAGACUUGGGCUGGAUUCCUAUUUGCUCAAACCAGUACAACGUUUGACAAAGUACCAAUUGCUUCUGAAGGAGUUAAUCAAGUACAGUACAAGCUGUGAUGGAGUUAAGGAGUUGCAAGAAGCUCUGGUUGCCAUGUUGGAUUUAUUAAAAUCAGUUAAUGACUCUAUGCAUCAGAUUUCAAUAACAGGAUAUGAUGGGGACUUAAGUGAACUUGGAAAAGUAUUGAUGCAGGGGUCAUUCAGUGUUUGGACAGGCCACCGGAAAGGCCCUACAAAAAUGAAAGAUCUUGCCAGAUUCAAACCAAUGCAGAGGCAUCUUUUCCUGUAUGAGAAAGCCCUGGUGUUUUGUAAGAAGAGAGAGGAACAUGGCGAUGGAUAUGAUAAAACCUCUUCAUACAGUUUCAAGCAUUUUUUGAAAAUGAAUGCAGUUGGAAUCACUGAAAACGUGAAAGGAGAUCAUCGAAAAUUUGAGAUUUGGUACAGUGGACGAGAAGAAGUAUAUGUUGUGCAGGCCCCAACCGUAGAUCUGAAGAUGGCAUGGUUAAGUGAAAUGAGAAAAAUUUUGUUCAAGCAGCAGGAGCUUAUAAAAGUGGAGAAGAACCCACCGGGUUUGUUUACAGACCAGAUCCAACUUUCCCCUCAGCUGAGUGAUGGAAAGCAGCAAAGAGCUUCCAUUAGCUCUGAAGAAAAUGAUUCUGAACGCACCAGCCCUGUAAUGUUGGACAGUCUCAGCUCAUCACCACAGAACAAGACCAACCAAAGUUGGUCUAGAAUGUCACAAUCUGUGGAAAGCUGUGAAGGGCUUGAAGACUGGUCUAGCAAUAAUUACCUUUCUAAUUGUUCGGACACAGAAGAAGAAGAUGGGAACCAGUUGUCACCAGGAAAAUAUAAAGCCCUAGCAGACUGCAAGAAGAGAGGAUCAGAGGACUUGCUGGUUCAAAAUGGGGAUGUGAUUCAGCUUUUGCACGAGGAUGGUGAAGGACAAUGGUUGGUGAAAAACCUGAAUAGAAGAAAAGAAGGCUGGAUUCCUGUCAACAGUUUGCAGAUAGUAAUUGGCGACUGUAGGUUUCGGAAUGCCAAAGUUGCAGAUGCUGCCCUGUGUAACACAAGAAAGUUUAGUUCCCCCUGAAUUAAAGGUGAACUAGUAGCAUCCUAUUUUUGAUGCUGUUUUGGAGACUUUGAAAUAGGUGUUACAGAGACACAGCACAAUAGUUGGAAUUAUCCUAUACUAUUCAUCACAUUCACAGAACUUCACAACUUCAUCUGCACUGAGAGGGACUGCAGUCCUAAACAGAUUGUCACAGUCAUAAAGGAAGACAUUCUUUACUAUUUCAUUUUUUUCCACCAUGGAAAAUACAGUAUUGUUUUAUUUUUGCCUCUUGUUUUUCCAUGACAUCCAUUACGUUUCAUCAGCGAAGUAAUUCAACAGUGUCUUGAUGCUUCAUUUAGAUGCCCGAAAUUGAUUCUACAGGUUGAAAGCUUUACCUAUUGAUUAGUUGACAAUCUUUGUUCUGGUUGCUUGCAAAGGAAAGUUCAGUUUUAGUAGACCAAAAAGAAAAAAAAAGCCACGUUUUCUAAUUAAUUGGUUUUAUGGAAUGGGUUUAAAUAUAUUGUAGCUAUGUGAAUGUCAUGUACGGUAAGGUCAUCUUUUGGCUGGGUCAUAUGAUGAUGAUGAUGCAAUAAUGCUAAAGAACUUCCUUUUGCACUGAAGAUCUGAUCCAAAGCUCAUUGUAGUCAAUAGAAGGAUUCCUGUUGAUUUCAGUGGGUUAAGGAUCAGGCCCACUGACAGACAACUCAGGGUUGUCAAGAAUCACUUAGAAACUCUAAGUGUUCCAAGGCUAACAUCUGUAUCGAGCAAGUGUUGAAGUUUACAUUCAGAGUAUUGUCGUUUUGGAACAUGUGCCAUAACUAUAAGUUCAAUGUCCACAUUUGCACUAAAGAUGUUCUUAGUAUAAGACUGUACUUUUCAGCAUCUUUAUUGAUAACUUGUGAAUUUUUGAAAAAAAGAAUUUAAAUGGUUCAUAAUUUAUUUUGUUUUCUUUUUGUAAUACAUAUGUACAGUGGUUUGACAUUUAAACAGAAGUGUAUAGAGAUCAUUCUGAUUGUGUUGAAAACAGGGCUAAUGCUAUGCAUGUGAUAUUUGAAUUUAUGCACUGUCUAUUGGAUUGAAAUGUUUUAUACUGUGGACUAAUGAGGGUCCCUUUUGAUGUGAAUUUCAUUUGUGAACCAUAAAUUCUGAGUUAGUGUAAAGUUGUUUUAUAAAAACACCAUUUUUUAAUUUUUCCAGUGACCAAUUUUGUACAAAGGAAUUGCUGAGCUACUGUAUGACUGUAUUGGAAGUGUAUGGUACAUUUCAUAGCGUGGUAGUACACUGCACAUAUGCUGUUUGGCUCUUCUCUAACAUAGCAUUACUCAUCCAUCCUCUAAAAUAUGAAAGUUGUACAGCUGAUCAGCUGCAUUUUAAUUAAGGAUCCCUGCAAAUACUCAAGAUGCAAUAUUGUCCAAUUUACUGGCAUUCUUAAUGAAGAGAUUUUAAGUCAUCCCAAUAAAUUUUUAUCUAUUUGAAAUUAGAUCACAGUUCACUUCUUAAGAGUAAAAAUAAGAUUCUGUUAAAUUACUAUUGAGGCUACUUAUAGUAGUAACCAUUUGUAUGGUAAUAAGUACACAUUUUUGAGGUACAAGCAUAAAUAGCAAUGUCUCAUCAUAGCAUACAUGGCAUAUUAAAAUGGUUUUACUUUUCUGCCUUCUAUAGUCUUGAUUCUAAGCUUUGACUAAUGUAUGAGACUGAUUAGUUCUGCAAAUCUGACUGUACAGUCUUAGACUUUUCACAUUUGGAACUUUGCACAAUAAUUGUUCUGUUACCUUAAGUAUAUGGUUGAAUGAGGGUCUUCAUGUAUAUGGUACUCUCUCCAGCAGAGGGUUUUCCCUCUGUCUGCAACUUUAAAUGAACUGUAUUGUAUAUGUACUUGUAAAAAUGUGUUAAAUCUAUAUUUAAAAAAUUUAAACAUUGUUAAAUAAAUUCAUAUGAGAACAUUGAAUUAUGUCUAAC